AUGGUACACGAGCUCGCGUCAAAAGAUAUGUGGGAGAUGUCGAUUCAGGAGAAAGGUUGCGGGGAGGAAGAUGGGGUCAUGGUAGACGGCACCAAUGCGACGGAGAUGCAGCGCCGAAUCCCGCAGAAUAUGAGCUCUGGAGACGAAGGUGGCAAGAUCGAAGGGAGGAAAAUAGAAAGGAAUACGAGGACUGACAACGAAAAAGAUGAACAAGUUAGGAAAGGCGUAAAUAGGACGUACCUUCGUUGCUGUCGGCCCCAAGUGCACCAGUACAUUCACUUCCCUAGCAAGCAUCUAUUCACAUCGUCCCUCAAUUCCCGCGAGCGAACAUCAACCAAAACGAUACAGGCAUUCAAGAGAGAGAAGAUUUGCGCCUCCUACGACAGUGUACAAGAAGAGACGGUACUAGGGAAUGCUGCGCUUGCGACUGCCUUGAGAAGCGUGCCAGUCGUGGCAACUUGA